AUGAAGUUGAACACGCACGCAUUGCGCUACCUGUCGCACGAGGACUGGCGGGUCCUGACCGCCGUCGAAAUGGGCAGCAAGAACCACGAGGUCGUCCCCACGCCACUCAUCAACCAGAUCUCUGGCCUGCGCGGUGCCAGCGGGGUCAACAAGGCCAUCAGCACGCUCGCGAAGGUGGGCCUGAUCGCGAAGGUCAAGAAUGCGAAGUACGACGGGUACCGCUUGACGUACGGAGGACUCGACUACCUGGCGCUGCACACAUUCAUGAAGCGCAAGAGCGCAUACUCGGUCGGAAACCAGAUCGGUAUCGGAAAGGAGUCGGAUAUUUUCGUCGUCGCGGACGAAACGGGUACACAGAGGGUGCUCAAGAUUCACCGGCUGGGUAGGAUCUCGUUCCGUCAGGUCAAGAACCAGCGAGACUACUUGCGAAAUCGGAAUUCGGCGUCUUGGAUGUACAUGUCCCGCCUCGCGGCGGAGAAGGAAUACGCGUUCAUGAAGAUCCUUCACGACAACGGUUUCCCGGUUCCCCGACCGUUGGACCAAGCUCGUCACUGCAUCAUCAUGGAGCUUAUCGAUGCAUUCCCGCUCCGGCAGGCGGAAGUCACCGACCCAGCCAAGCUCUACAAGACACUCAUGGAGCUUAUCCUCAAAUUCGCCAGCCAGGGACUGAUCCACGGUGAUUUCAACGAGUUCAAUAUCCUUGUCCACGAGGAGUCGCAGGAGCCGGUGGUUAUCGAUUUCCCCCAGAUGAUCAGCAUCAACCACCGCAAUGCCGAGGAACAGUUCAACCGCGAUGUCGAGUGCAUCAGAUCUUUCUUCUCGAAGAAGUUCCGUUAUACGGCGGAUGACGCUGGCCCUUUCUGGAGCGAUGUCAAGAGGGUGGGCACGCUUGAUGUCGCUGUCGAGGCGAGCGGUAUUUCGAAGAAGCAGGCAAAGGAGUUGGAGAAAUACAUGCGUGAGGUUGCGCCGCUUGAAUCGAACGAUGAGGACGACGAUGAGGAGGAGGAGGAAGAAGAGGAAGAGGAUGACGAGGAAGAGGAUGACGAGGAGAAUGCG